UUUUUCUUGAACAGUUAUUCAGAGACAUCUGGGGUAUAACAAAAGCCAGACAUCUAAAACUGUUCACGUUUCCUGAAGGUCACGUUUCCAGAGCGCGAGGACGUCUGUCGCGUCAUUGAUAUUUUUAAUCCCCCCCUCCUCUUCAGCCACCGGAAGCGCUAGACAGAGCCGUGGAAGCAAAGUGCGUCACAGCGCUGAGCCGCAGAGGAUCAGCUGAGGAGCUGCGCUGCACCGCCGAAGAGUCGUUCCGCGUCGCUGUGCUGCAGAAACCCGAGCUCCCGUCCGCGCGGCAGCAUGGUGAAGAUCGCCUUUAACUCGGCCCUGGCGCACAAGGCGCUGGGCAAAGAGAAUCCUGCCGCUGCCAAGGAUCCUGAAGUGGCCUCUGUUCCAGUGGUCACAGAGGGAUCCACAGGUCGCUGCCUGCUCACCCUGCUGGGCAUAGCCUUCAUCCUGAGCGGGCUCAUCGUGGGGGCAGCGUGUCUGUACCGGUAUUUCACUCCAAAGAGGCUGUACCACGGCGCCAUGCAGUUCAGCGACGUGCUGACCCCCGAGGAGAGCCAGCCGUACUACCUGCCGCGGGUGGAGGAGGAGGUGGAGAUCUCCGACAACAUGGCGGUCAUCAGCGUCCCCCCGCCCCGCUUUAGGCCCGGAGACCCCGCCUACAUCCUGCACGACUUCCACAGGAAGCUGACGGCGUACCUGGACCUGACUCUGAGGACCUGCUUCGUGAUCCCCCUGAACACCUCUGUGGUGCUCCCCCCUCAGGACCUCAUUGACCUCUUCUCACAGCUGAUGUCCGACUCGUACCGCAGCUAUCUGGUGCACGAGGACCUGGUGGUGACCGAGCGCAUCGACGACGUCAAACCUUUGGGCUUCUACAUUCGCCGGCUGUGCGACGGAAAAGAAACCUACAGAAUGCAGCGCCGUUCCAGCCUGCCAGGUGGAGGCAUCCAGAAGCGUUCUGCCGAGGACUGCUUCACCAUCCAUCACUUUGAGAACAAGUUUGUGACGGAGACCCGGAUCUGCAAGGCCUGAUGGGAAAGCACAAGAAUAAUAAAAAAAGACGGUAGAGCCAGCAGAGAGAGGGAGUCACAGAGGUAAAGAGUGGGUGGGAGGGGAUGAAACCGACAUCAGAAGAAAGCUACUUUUGUACAAAAAUUCCAGUGUUGCUUUUUCAGCUAGUCGAUUUGAGUUCCCGCAUUUGAACCUAGAAGCCUCUCCUCUGCCGCAGACAUGCAGACGUCGUAGCUGUUUUACUCAAUAUUCUCUCGCUUACGUUGUGCGAUUAACCCCCGUUGAGUUUCUGUUGACUAUGUUUUGUUGCUGAGCAGAUUUUAUUGCUGUUACUGUGUUCUAGCACCUUCUGACCAGAGUUGUUAGUCGUUCUACUGAAAAGUGAAUUCCAGACAUGUCUCGUGUGAUCCCACUCAUGCCAGUAACCUAAAUACAGAUGUGUCAGUAUAUACUACUAUAGGUGUAAUUGAUGUAAUGAAGUGCAAGUACAUCACACACAUAGGAGUCCUUCAUCGUUGCUUUUUAUCGAAGAUGCACACGACCAGCGCUGUACUACCCACGGCUUCUUCUGUCUGUGUUGUGUUUUAGCGUAACCUAGCACUCUAGCAUCGUCAACAUGCAGGUAUUGUGUUUAAAAAUAAUUUAAAAAAUACAUAAAAAAACCUUAAAAACUGAGAGAUUUGAGUUUAAAGACCGGAUGAGCAAAAAGGGAAAUUUCUUCUAAUUUGAAGUCUUAUCUUACAACUUAAGAGUUCCUAAUUUAUUGUUCUUUGAGACUGCUGUAAGGAUUUUUUUAAACGUGUUUUAACGAAACAGCUUAGCUGCUUGGAUUUGUUUGCAGUGAUCAACUUUUAGGUUUCUUUGUAAAGCACAUUUUAAUUUAAAGUGCUUUGAAGAAAAUAAAAUGAUACAAUUUAAUAUAAGUGUGAGCAAUAAAAUGUUAAAUUAGAAAAAAAACAUGAAUAAAAACCAUGUGUUGAAUAACUUGAGUAAUUUUUGUUGUUCUGGGAGACAAUCAGUGAGAAGUUAAAGUGGCUUUGGACUGCUUUUGUUACAGAACGAUACAAGAUGUGAAUGAAAUGUGUGUAAAGUACUAAACCGAGCUAGUUGUUGAAUAAAGUUCCUUUUCUUUACCUACAGAAAA